AUGUCUGAAAAUUCCUCUUCUCAUUUCUCCUUCCCUAAGGAAGAAGAGAGAGUUCUUGCCUUCUGGGAAGAAAUUGAUGCAUUCCAUACAUCAUUGGAAUUAACUAAAGAUAAACCAGAGUUUUCAUUCUUUGAUGGUCCCCCAUUUGCAACAGGUACUCCACAUUAUGGUCAUAUUUUAGCUUCCACUGUUAAGGACAUUGUUCCUAGAUAUGCUACUAUGACUGGACAUCACGUCUCGAGACGAUUUGGUUGGGAUACCCAUGGCUUGCCCAUUGAACAUAUUAUUGACAAGAAACUGAAUAUCAGUAGUAAGGAAGAUGUUUUCAAGCUUGGUUUGGACAAAUAUAACGACGAAUGUAGAGCCAUUGUGAUGACUUAUGCCGACGAAUGGAGAAAGACUAUUGGUCGUUUGGGUCGUUGGAUCGAUUUUGAUGACGACUAUAAGACUAUGUAUCCAAGCUUUAUGGAAUCUGAAUGGUGGGCUUUCAAAGAAUUGUUCAAUAAGGGACAAGUUUACCGUGGGUUUAGAGUCAUGCCUUACUCCACCGGUUGUACAACUCCAUUGAGUAAUUUCGAAGCUCAACAAAACUAUAAAGAUGUUAACGAUCCAGCAGUUACUAUUGGUUUCAAUGUGAUUGGACAGGAUAAGACUCAAUUGGUUGCCUGGACCACCACACCAUGGACUUUGCCAUCUAAUGUAUCACUGUGUGUUAAUCCAGAUUUCGAAUACGUUAAGAUUUACGAUGAGACUAAGGACCGUUACUUCAUUUUGAUGGAAUCCUUGAUUAAGAGCUUGUACAGCAAACCAGCUAAGGAAAAAUUCAAGGUCGUUGAGAAAUUUAGAGGUACAGAUUUAGUCGGGCUAAAAUACGAACCUUUGUUCCCAUAUUUCGCUAAACAAUUUGGCGAAACGGCUUUCAGAGUCAUCUGUGAUGACUAUGUUACCAACGAUUCUGGUACCGGUAUUGUUCAUAACGCACCAGCUUUUGGUGAAGAGGAUUUCAACGCUUGUUUGAAAAAUGGUAUUUUCAAAGAAGGUGAUGCAAUUCCAAACCCUGUUGGUGAUGCUGGUGAAUUUACUGCUGAAGUGACAGAUUUCAGUGGUCAAUAUGUUAAAGAUGCUGACAAGGCUAUCAUCAAGUACUUGACUGCAUCUGGCAAUCUGCUAUUGGCAACCCAAAUUCGCCACUCUUACCCAUUCUGCUGGAGAUCUGAUACUCCAUUGAUUUACCGUUCUGUUCCGGCUUGGUUCGUUCGUGUCAAGGAAAUCGUUCCAAAGAUGUUGGACUCUGUGAUGAACUCUCAUUGGGUUCCAAACGUUAUCAAGGAGAAGAGAUUUGCUAACUGGAUCGCUAACGCUCGUGAUUGGAACAUUUCUAGAAACAGAUACUGGGGUACACCAAUUCCUCUCUGGGUGUCUGAUGACAUGGAAGAGAUGGUCUGUAUCGGUUCUGUUGCCGAGCUCGAAGAAUUGAGUGGUGUAACUGGUAUUGAGGAUCUACAUCGUGAAUUCAUUGACAAAAUCACUAUUCCAUCUAAGCAGGGCAAGGGGCAACUAAAGAGAAUCGAAGAAGUGUUUGAUUGUUGGUUCGAGUCUGGUUCCAUGCCUUAUGCCUCUCAACACUACCCAUUCGAAAACAAGGAGCAAUUCGCCAACAGAGUUCCAGCUAAUUUUAUCUCUGAAGGUCUAGACCAAACCAGAGGCUGGUUCUACACUCUGUCUGUGCUCGGUACUCAUUUGUUUGGCGAAGUCCCAUACCAAAACGUUGUUGUUACCGGUAUUAUCCUUGCAGCCGAUGGUAGAAAGAUGUCUAAAUCUUUGAAGAACUACCCAGAUCCAAACAUCGUCUUGGAUAAGUAUGGUGCCGAUGCUUUAAGACUAUAUUUGAUCAAUUCGCCAGUGCUAAAGGCUGAGACGUUGAAAUUCAAAGAAGAAGGUGUUAAAGAAGUUGUCUCCAAGGUGCUAUUGCCAUGGUGGAACUCCUACAAGUUCUUGGAAGGUCAAAUCGCACUAUUGAAGAAGACAUCUGAGAUCGAUUUUAAGUACGAUCCAUCAAUUCAAAGUGAUAACGUUAUGGACAGAUGGAUUCUGGCAUCCAUGCAAUCCUUAGUGCAAUACAUUCAUAGGGAAAUGGCUGUAUAUGAGCUAUACGCAGUUGUCCCAAGAUUGCUACAUUUCAUUGACGAGUUGACCAACUGGUACAUUAGAUUUAAUCGUCGCCGUUUGAAGGGUGAAAAUGGUGUGGAUGAUUGUUUGAAGGCUUUGAACACCUUGUUUGAAGCUCUAUUUACUUUUGUUAGAGCUAUGGCUCCAUUCACUCCAUACUUGUCCGAUUCCAUCUACUUGAGAUUGAAGGAAUUCAUCCCAGAAAAGGUCUUGGCUAAUUUUGGUAAAGAUUUCAGAUCCGUGCACUUCUUAUCAUAUCCAGAAGUAAGACAGGAACUCUUUGACGAGGCCAUUGAGACUUCUGUCUCAAGAAUGCAGUCCGUCAUCGAAAUGGGUAGAAACAUUCGUGAAAAGAAAACCAUCUCAUUAAAGACACCUUUGAAGAGCCUUGUUAUCCUGCACAGUGACGCAGCCUACUUGAAGGACAUCGAGGAUUUGAAGGAUUACAUCUUGGAAGAGUUGAACAUCCGUGAUAUCAUCAUCACAUCUGAUGAAAAGGCAUACGGUGUAGAGUACAGAGCAGUCGCUGAUUGGCCCGUUCUAGGUAAGAAACUAAAGAAGGACGCCAAGAAGGUUAAGGAUGCUUUGCCCUCUGUCACUUCCGAACAAGUGCGUAGUUACUUGGAGACGGGACACAUCGAAGUCGCUGGUAUCGCUCUAGUGAAGGGGGAUCUAAACGCUAUUAGAGGUCUACCUGAAUCUCAAGCACAGGAAGGUCUCGAAACCAGAACUGACCAAGAAGUCUUAAUCAUUUUGGACACCAAGAUUUACCCAGAACUGAAGACUGAAGGGUUGGCCAGAGAGUUGGUCAAUAGAAUUCAGAAAUUGAGAAAGAAAUGUGGGCUACAAGCUACCGAUGACGUCGUUGUUCAAUACGAGCUAGUGAAGGACACCAUCAAUUUCGAAGAUAUCGUCAAGCAACACAUGGAAAUGCUAAGCAAGACAUGUAGAUCCGAAAUUAUUCCAGCUGAUGACUCACAAAAAGAGGCCAUUGCUGAUGAAGAACAAUCCAUCAACGACACUGUCUUCAAAUUGAAGAUCCUUAGAUUGUAA